UUUUGAGGCACUUAAUCAUUGUCUUAAAUGAUUCAACCUUCCUUUUUUUUUCUAUAUUUUCAACUCACUUUAUAUUCUAUUAUGUUGGAUUCGCUUCAAGGGCCAUCGCCUUUGCCCUGUUAUAUGAAGAUAUUUUGGUUGAAUAAUAGUCUGUUAUCAUUAAUGGAACUACAGGAGUGGAUUUUCAAGCUCUUUGCAAGGGAUUAAAUAUAUUUGUCUACACCUUAUGCCUUUAAUUUUUCACAAAACCAAAAUGGGAUAUUAUCCUUAGAGUAACUUGCACAUUGUUAUCAAAUGCUUCAGUAAGUUUACAAUGUUUGCACCUGUCUUUAGUAAUAAGACUCAGGAAGUGGAAUUCGGCUGUGUUUUUGCAGGGGAGGCUCACUCGUUGAAGGUGGAAAAGAUUUUGUUUCAAGAGAAGUCUGACUACCAGAAUGUCAUGGUCUUCCAGUCUUCGACAUAUGGCAAGGUACUUGUUCUAGAUGGAGUCAUUCAGCUGACAGAAAGGGAUGAAUGUGCUUAUCAAGAGAUGAUCACUUAUCUUCCUCUUUGCUCGAUUCCAGAUCAAAAAAAGCUCUUUUGAUAAUUUGAAU